AUGCAGCUCCGCCGGCAACCGCUUCCUGCGCCCCGGCCGGGGGACCCGGACCCCGCCGCCCCGCUGCUCGUGCUGCUCCUGCUGCUCGCCCUCCAGGGGGCGGCGGCGGCGCCCGCGGGGCCCGGGGAGCCCGAGGACUCCGGGUGGCGUCAGGACGCGGAGUUCCCGCGCGGGCUCCUGUCGCAGGCGGCGCGCGCGGCGCUGCACUUCUUCAACUUCCGCGCGAGCUCGCCCAGCGCCCUUCGAGUGCUGGCUGAGGUGCAGGAGGGCCGCGCUUGGAUUAAUCAAAAGAAGGAAUAUAAAGUUGAUCUGGUGUUUACCACGGAGCUCUACAACCCAGAGGAAGGUAAGGAACAUCUGGGGAAAUGUUCUGCUCGAGUGUUUUUCAGGAACGAGAAACCCAGACCGGCCAUUAAUAUAACGUGUACUCGGCUCAUUGAGAAGAAGACAAGACAAGAAGAAGAUUAUCGGCUCUAUAAGUACAUGAAGCAACUUAAAAACCUCUUGGAUGUAGUCAGCAUACCUGAUAGUCAUGGACAUAUUGAUCCCUCUCUGAGACCCAUCUGGGAUUUAGCUUUUCUGGGCAGCUCUUACGUGAUGUGGGAAAAGACAACACAGUUUUUACACUACUACAUGGCACAGCUCAGCAGUGUGAAGCAGUGGGAUAUUCCGGGAAGAGGACGUAAGUAUCGCCUUAAAUUUUCUGUGGAAGAAAUUAUCCAAAAACAAGUUACAGUGGAUUGCACAGCUGAAGUACUGUACCCUUCAAUGGGACAAGAUACUGCACCAGAAGUCAACUUCACAUUUGAAGGAGAAAUUGGAAAGAACCCAGAUGAGGAAGAUAAUACAUUUUAUCAUAGACUCAAGUCUAUGAAGGAACCACUAGAAGCACAAAAUAUUCCAGACAGUUUUGGAAAUGUACCACCGGAAAUGAAGCCAGUUCAACAUUUAGCCUGGGUUGCCUGUGGUUAUAUAAUAUGGCAAAAUUCUACUGAAAAUACAUGGUAUAAAAUGGCAAAAAUUCAAACUGUCAAGCAAGUGCAAAGAAAUGAUGACUUCAUUGAGUUAGACUACACCAUUCUACUUCAUGACACUGCAUCUCAGGAGAUUAUUCCUUGGCAAAUGCAAGUUCUCUGGCAUCCACAAUAUGGUACUAAAGUAAAACAUAAUAGCCGUCUACCAAAGGAAGCACAAUUGGAAUAAAUGAAGACUGUAACAUUCGAUGAAGUAUAAACAUGCUUAUUAAUGAUGUGUAUACCAGUCUUCAUUGAUAUCUAGCUUAAAGGGUCAGACAAAUCUCAUAAGUGUCCCUUUGUAUAAAUGGCCUGAACUACAGAACUAUAUAGCUUCCAUAAUAAAGAGCAUCACAAUGUAAAAGUGUCUUAUCAACAGUAAUAGUGCUAUGUAUAUCCCCUAAUAAAAAGCUUUAAAUUCCA